AGGGCCUCUCCAGCAAUGGCGUCGGCCCUGCUCAUCACGUGGACGGUGCCCGUCACGUGGUCAGCGCCUGGGCGCCUUGUGCUCCCCUUUUGGCCCGUCUCGGCUCCCGUCUCGUUGGCGGAAGGGCGGGGCUUGGGCAAAAUGGCGUCGCUGGGAGAGGCGGGCGGGCUGCUGCUGCUGUUGGUAGCCGGGGCGGCCGGCGGGCCCCGCUACAGCCCGGACUGGCCCAGCCUGGACGCGAGGCCGCUGCCGGCGUGGUUCGACCAGGCCAAGGUGGGGGUGUUCGUGCACUGGGGGGUGUUCUCGGUGCCCGCCUAUGGCUCCGAGUGGUUCUGGUGGCACUGGCAGGGCGAGCGCCGCGCCGACUACGAGCGCUUCGUGCGGGAGCACUACCCGCCCAACACCAGCUACGCCGACUUCGCCUCGCGCUUCACCGCCCGCGACUUCAGCCCGCGCUACUGGGCCUGGCUCUUCGAGCAGGCCGGCGCCAGGUAUGUGGUGCUGACUACAAAGCAUCAUGAGGGCUUCACAAACUGGGGGUCUCCUGUGUCCUGGAACUGGAAUUCUGUGGAUACGGGGCCCCAUCAAGACUUAGUGGGUAAACUGGGACAAGCUCUCAGAGAAAGGAACAUACGCUAUGGACUCUACCAUUCUCUCUUAGAGUGGUUUAAUCCUUUGUAUUUAGAUGACAAAAAAAAUGGCUUCAAGACACAGAAUUUUGUCAUUUCAAAAACUAUGCCAGAGCUUUAUGAUCUUGUUUUAAGGUAUAAACCAGAUCUGGUUUGGUCAGAUGGUGACUGGGAGGGUCCGGACACAUAUUGGAACUCUACUUCUUUCCUUGCCUGGCUUUAUAAUGAUAGUCCUGUCAAGGAUACCGUUGUGGUAAAUGACCGUUGGUGCAAUAACUGCUCCUGCAAUCAUGGAGGAUACUACAACUGUGCCGAUAAAUACAAGCCGGGCACCCUGCCACAGCACAAAUGGGAGAUGUGCACGUCUAUUGACAAACUGUCUUGGGGCUAUCGAAGCAACAUGCAAGUCAAUGAGCUCAUGGAUGAAUCAAGUAUUAUCUCAGAACUAGUGCAGACUGUGAGUUUUGGAGGCAACUAUCUCCUCAAUGUGGGCCCUACAAAAGAAGGGGUGAUUGUUCCAAUCUUUCAAGAAAGGCUUCUGUCCCUUGGAAAAUGGCUGCAUGUUAAUGGGGAGGCAAUUUAUGCUUCUAAGCCGUGGCGGGUGCAGAUGGAGAACACCACAAUUGAUGCAUGGUACACUUCUAAAGGAUCAACUGUCUAUGCCAUCUUUCUGACCUGGCCAGAGAGUGGUGUGUUGAAGCUGUCUUCACCUAUUCCAUCUUCAAGCACACAAGUGACUAUGUUGGGGUUCUCUGAGACACUGAAGUGGGAGAAGGCCCUAUAUAAAGGAUUGAUGAUCACUUUGCCCUAUGUACCUCCAUCUGCUCUCCCAGUGCCGUGUUGCUGGACUCUCAAGCUAGAAGGUGUGGCGUGAUAGUGACCUUGAAGAAAAGCAAGGAACUAGAUUGCUUUUUUGCUUUGAUCAGAUUUUUUUUUUGAAGGUGAAGGAAUCUUAAUAAAUUGUUUUUCUUGCUCAUCUAAGAGAAUAGCUUUGAGCCACUCUGGCCAAGAAAACAGCUAGGUCAGUGCAUCUUGGGUGGGAACGAAGGCCUGAUGUAUACGCAACGUUUCAUCUGUCCGAGAGACGUGUCCAGCAAUAGUAAUGUUCUGUUGCUGGAUUUUGACCUCAGAGUGUGGUCAGACUACUGCGAUGAGAGAUCCUUAGCUGGGCUUCCUGGCAGAUGUUACCACUUUGCCACCUUUAACCAUGGCACUGCAGCCUAAUAGGCAUGACUGUCACAUAAGGUGGGUGGGAGUGUGAACAAAUUUAGUGUGGGACAGCUACAAAGUUGGUUGAAUUAGGAUCUGCAACCCGCAAACACAGAAUGUGAAUAAAUGGUGCUCAGUUACUACAGUGAUGGUUACCUUACAAAUGCUUAAGAUUGACAAAACGAGCGAUGGUCACCCUGCCAAGAGGGUGCUUACCUGCUAAAGGAGAGAUUUCACAUUUUUAAUUAUCAAAAUGUUCGAUAUUGCUGUUAACCAGACUAUAUGGAGGGAUGGAACUAUUUUCAUGUUCGUUUAUGAUCAAGGAACAUGCCUUGUACUGGUGUGUAAGUCUGCACCAUCAAACUAAGCAAAACAAAGCAGGAAAAAACAUCCACUGCUUCAGGACAGGAGCAGGUCUCCACUGAAGCUGUCCACUGCACCUAUGUUUUAACUAUCAGCUCAGGAGCUCUGGAACUGAAUCUUUUAUACUGACUGAUUUGAAUAUUCAUGUCACUUAAAUGGCAUAAUCUGCUUCUUGAAACUAGUCUUUAACUCUAAUCAAAAUGCAGUAGCCUAACUUUAUUUUCUGGUGUGUGAAAUUAUUAAACAUUCUGUUUAGGGUGAAUCCAUUAUGCCAUUUAAAGUCUAAUUGGAAUUAAGCACUUUUUCAGAUUCUUAUGUGCAGUGUAUUUUCAUAUGUAAAUUUAAAAAAUAAAAUUCUAUUAAAACA